UUUCGCAAUCCAAUUGUUUCGUGCACUCAUAUAGGCUGCGAACACUAUCUGUAGAAUAGUUGGUUUAAUUUUGUAAUUUUUCACUUAAUUAGAUUUGCAAAUAAAGUAAAAUACAACGUUGAGGAGAAAAGUGGUAUCUUUAAAUUUUAACAUUAAAAGCAAUUAUAAAACUGACGUUUUCAACACGGUCGACAAUAGCGAACGAACAGCAGGUAGUGGGUGGCAUACUGACCUACAAUAUUUUGAAGAGUGGCAGUUCGACCACAGCAAAAAUACCAGUUAAAACCAACCACCCAUUUAUUGUAUAAACCUCACGAAGCCGCAAAAUUGUAGAAAUUUCCAAAAAUAGUACAAAAUACUAGUGUACAGACUGUAUGUGAUAAUGGCAGACAAUUGAGGGAUAAGACGCAUGCCUAAACACUGGAAACUGUGAUGCAAAUAACGGUAUAUAAUUUGACUAUUGUAGCGACCGUUGCUCCGUUGCACAUUUGGCUGUCGCAGUACUCCCAGCUAUUUUUUCUUUUUCAACAACUUGUAUGGAGCCUUAAGGAAUGGUAUAGUAAUCCGUUUAGUAAAAGUGUAGUUCUUUUCAAAACCUAUUCAUAAAGAAAAGAAAGGAAAAAAUCGUUUCGCAUAAGUCCUUCCGACUUGGCGGAUUACUUUCUGGUGAGCUGUAAAACACACGAAAGCAGACAGCCAACAGUUAGGGUAGAGCAACUUGGCGAAAAUGUUCUCCAUUCAGCAACUGAUCAAAGCUCUCCGCAAGUUACAAAAUAGCGGCGCUAGCAACGUCUGCGGGGAUUUGGUAAAACAAAAUCUCAAACGUGUUGUUGCCGCUGUUUCAACAACCCAUACUACAACAUCAACGGCGGCAUCGGUAACCCCAAUUCGUCAAACAACCGAAGGUGCAACUGAAUUGGCACCAACAAUUGUGACGUCACUGCUAAUAUUAUGGGACACGAUGAUUUCACCAAGUCAACAACUACAUCCCCACCAAUUUGAGCACGAGCAACAGCUGUUGCAGGCAAUCGAUUCUAGUCAACAACAAAAACAACAACCAUAUCAGAAAGAGCAAAUGCAGCAUUCACAAGUACACGAAGUCAACUUUCACGCUAGUCGAGUACGUAGCGACAGUCUUGAUUCGUCUGUGACUGAAAACGGUAGUGUCACUGUUAUACCUGAAUACCAAAUUCCCGUGAAUUCAUUGAAGACGGCGAGCGGACAAGCUUCGAAUUGUUCACCAUCAAUAAUAUCUACAACAACAACACGCUCUCAACAGAUACAUAAAUUCUAUCGGCACCAUCUCCAUCAUUUUCACACACAAAGCAAUCAAAGUUUAAAAAAUAAACAAACGCAAUAUAACGCAAUGUCAUCAUUGGCUGCUGAACCUAAAGCACUAAAGCAGGAUGAACAAAAUACAGCCACGACAAAUAGACAACAUCCGACACAGGAUGUAAACAACUCGAAUGGCAGUUGUUGUAAUGGCAGUGAGCAGAAAAACUCGUCCGAUAAGCCGUGUUUCAAUGCGGGAUUCGGACAAAUUUUGAAAUUUAUGGAGUUAAUAGGAAAUUUGAAGCAUACCAAACGUACCGGGUGGGUGCUGCGCAACGUCAGCGACCCCGAAUCCAUCUCGGGCCAUAUGUAUCGGAUGAGCAUGAUGACGUUUCUACUGGAUGGUAGCGAAGGUCUGAAUCAGAUACGUUGUAUGGAGUUGGCGUUAGUGCACGAUCUGGCUGAGAGUGUUGUGGGUGAUCUCACGCCGUUCUGCGGUGUCUCUAGAACGGAUAAACGCGCUAUGGAAUUCAAAGCAAUGGAAGAUAUUUGCAAGUUGAUUGAACCACGCGGCAAGCGUAUAAUGGAAUUAUUUGAGGAGUAUGAGACAGGAGAGAGCGCCGAAUCAAAAUUCGUUAAGGACCUUGACCGUCUUGAUAUGAUAAUGCAGGCAUUUGAAUAUGAGAAACGUGAUAAUUGUUUAUUAAAACACCAAGAGUUCUUCGAUUCCACCAAGGGCAAAUUCAAUCAUCCAUUCAUUAAGAAGCUGGUCGAUGAGAUCUACGAACAGCGCCAGAGUUUAGCGCGCGCCGAAGGUGCUACGCCACCGCCGCCAGUACAUGUGCCCGACAUGGAUGCACUGCCCAGCACCAAUGGCCAAAAUAAUGAACAUGACGGGGCGGCGGCAGAAGCGCCAACUGUGGAAUCUCCAAAAAACAAGACUAGCACCACCACGAGUUGAUUGCACAGCGUGUAAAAGUGCAUGCAAAUGUGGAACAAAGAAAGAUCGGCCAGCAUAUAAGUUAUAGAAAAUGUAAGCCACGGAGGUGUUUGUCAUGAAUUAAUAAAAAUUAAUUCUGUCCUAAGUUAAAGAAGUAAAAAUCAUUGUAACUUUAAGCGCAUAUAACUAAUAAUUUAGUCUGUGUAGAACAGUUCAUUUUUGCUUUGCACUACAGAAACCAAAUCAAACUUAAUUUUUAGAACAAAUAUGUUUUGUUUUUUGCAUAUUUUUAGGUGGUAAACAAAUAUUUUAUUGACCACUAAAUGACCUGUACGCUAAGACAAACGGUUGUAAAGCAAGAAAUUGGAAAGUUGUUUUUGUUUUGUUUUUAGCGUGAAUACAGUUUAAUAUUAAACAUUUAUUUAGCGAUAUAAGUAUCUCGAUGUUCCAUGCUGCAGAUAGAAAAUUGCACAUAACUGUAUAAACCAAUUAAGCUGACAUAGAAAGCCACUCUAGCUAAAAAUAAGGCUCACAAUUUGUAGACUCAACAACUAAAUCAUUUCCAUGUUAAGAAUUUUUUUUCUACGCUAGCGAAAAAGUUAUGCAGAAUAUGUACGAAAAAUCUGCUUUGAAGAAAACCAUAUUUGUAUUUGGCGAUUCACGUCAAGAGGUUUUAGUUAAGCCAAUUUUAUUAUUUAUGAUAAAUGAUUUAGACUUAACAUAUAAUGCGUAUAUUAUAUAAACUAACAGAUUUUAGCGUUCAUUCACUUUCAAAUUAAUUUCAAACUUCAGAAUUUUUAAUUUUAUUUUAUUUUAUAUAGACCGCGUGAUUAAUGCCAUACUUUCAUAUAUUAAUAUUUUAAUUUAAAACUUUAUUUUCAUAAGGGAAGUGAUUUAGUUGUGAUAUGUAACCGCAGAAAGAAAGAGACCGAUUGACCAUUUUAGCUAAAUAAUAUUUCAUAAUUCGACAUAAUUAGCUAAAAAGAUAAGCGGAGGAGUCGUAAAUCGGUAGACUGUAGUAGCGCAUAAAAAAUUGUAAUUAUUCACAUUAUAGUUGAGCAAUGUAAAGAAGCUAUUCUGAAUUAGAAAUAGGAACUAAGCAUUGUACAAAUACACCAUAUUUUUUUCUCAUUGUUUUUUUUUUCAUUUAUAAAGGACCAUCACUUAAUUGAACUAUUAUUUGCCUUAUAAUUUAAGCGUUGUAUUGUUUUGAUUUUAACUUAAGUGUGUGGAACAUAGCAUACGUAUGUAAAUUAAAUUGAACGCAAGUUAAACACAUUUCAAAUAAGCAUAAAACAUACACGCAUUCAUACUUGUAAUCGAAAAAAAUAGUAUUUUAUGAAAGCGACCAACGCCUCCUACGUUGAGGUAGUGCUGUAGGAGUUAAUGAUUCCGAUAACAAAUCUAAAAAAAUAUUGUUUAAAAACGUUAUUUUUCUUGUCUCGGGCUUUAAAGAUAUAAUCGAUAUCUAAAUUGUUAUUUAAAUUUUAACUUUAAAACUUGAAACUUCAUUUUACCCAACUAUAAAUUUGUUAACAUUUUAAAAUUAAAGCUUCUUGAUUUUGUCAAAUACAACUUUUUGAUAAUCAAAUUGUAAAGCGAAGAAUUAUAUGGAUAAUCGAACUCUUAAAAAUCUAAAUUCUACAAAACAGAA